AUGGCGCCACCAAAGUCCAGCCCGAGCAUUAAUGAAAUAGAGAACAAUGUCGAGGCGGUCUUGUCCAACGAUAUUGAGAAGGACCAUACAGAUUACGGAAGAGUUGACAAAGAACUCGCUCAAUACAUUACAGAUGUUAGAAUUACCAUCAGCCCGGAGAAGAAUGAUGAACUACGCCGCAAAAUCGAUCGGCGUAUUCUAGCUGUCAUGAUAUCGACGUAUUUCCUGCAAGCUAUUGACAAAGGCACUAUGUCAUUUGCUUCAAUCAUGGGUAUUAAGACUGAUACUCAUUUGACUGGGCAAGACUAUAACUGGCUGACGACUUGCGUUUUCAUCACGAUCCUCAUUGUUGAAUACCCUCAAAACUACAUCAUUGCGAGAGUCCCAAUUGCGAAAUACCUUGGCUUCAAUAUCAUAGCUUGGGGUAGUGUUUUAGCCUGCACUGCUGCCUGUACCAACUUUACGGGACUCGUUGUGGUUCGAACUCUUCUGGGCCUCUUUGAGUCAGUGUGUCAGCCAACAUUCGUUGUUUUGUCCGCAAUGUGGUAUAGGCGAGAAGAACAAGCUGCUCGUGUGACUUAUUGGUAUAUGAUGAACGGUGCUCAGCAAAUUGUUGGCGGCCUUCUAGCAUACUGUUUCAGUCUUAUUCAGACGGGACCCCUAAAAUCGUGGAAGUGGCUGUUCCUCAUUUACGGAGCGAUCUCGGUUUGCUUCGGCGUCUUUGUCGCGUGGUAUAUGCCUGAUUCUCCUAUGAGGGCCAAGUGUUUUAGCGAAGAAGAUAAACGGCUGAUGAUUGAGAGAGUUCGUGACAACCAAACAGGCAUCCAAAAUCGUGAAUGGAAGAAAAGUCAAUUCAUCGAAGCUUUAACCGACCCCCAGAUUUGGGGUUAUUGCCUGAUCCAGCUCUGCACAACGCUGCCAACCUCCGGGCUUGGUGCAUUCCAGGGUAUCAUCAUUUCAAGCAUGGGCUUUACACUUCUUCAGACUCAACUACUAGCGAUGGUCCUUGGAUUCUAUAUCAUUAUUGUAUUGUUGGGCUCGACAUGGCUGGUUAAGCGGACCAACCAAAAUCUCUAUAUUAUGACUGCAUUUAUCAUCCCCUCUUUCAUUGGCACCAUUUGUCUUAUGACUGUUCCACUCGUUACAAGGAGCCAAAAAAUUGGGCUUGUGGUCUGUUACAAUAUAACCAUGUCGUUUUGGGCGGCUCAAACACUGGCACUGUCUCUGUUGUCCCGAAAUGUGGCUGGACAAACUAAAAAGAGUGCAGCUGUAGCCCUCAAUUUUAUUUUCUGGGCAACCGGAAACGCAAUCGGUCCCCAAGUCUUUCUCUUCUGGGAUGCACCCCGAUAUUUCAUCGCCUUUGCCACCCACCUAGGGUGCUACAGCUUGCUUGUCAUCGUUCUUCUGAGUUUGCGUUUCUAUCUCUCAUGGGAAAAUAAAAGGAGAGAUAACUUGGCAGCUGCGGGCGUGCGUGAAGCUCGCGAUGACCGAAUGGUGCACGCAUGGGAAGAUUUAACAGAUAAGGAGAAUCCCAACUUCCGCUAUGUUUUUUAG